AUGAGCUUCAUACCAAAGCAAGAAAUAUCAAAAGCAUUAGCCAGCGAACAAAAUCUUGAUCGAUUACCGCCAUCUUACAUGUACUCGGUGAUUUUCAAGGAUAUCAUAUUAGAAAUUGAUCACGAUGACAGCAAAUCUAUGAAUACUUUAGCGAGCUUUUGCCAGCAACAAAAAAUUCGUGAAAAAGACAUAGAUGUAUUUAAGCGUAAUUACUACGAAAAAUCAGCAGUCUGGUGGUAUACAAAAGAAUUGUUUCUCUAUGGUAUGUUUAACCGUGCUUUGCGAAUGCUUGAUAUGGAGGUGAUGACAAAAUUAGGAUUUUUUAUUCGACGUUUACAUAUUGAGCUGAAGCAAUUGCACCAGGAACAGUUGGCAGAUUCCCAGAAAGUGUUUACCGUGUAUCGUGGCCAAGGGCUCAGUCAACAAGACUUUCAACAUCCGGUUGAUACAAAAGGUGGUCUGCUAUCUUUCAACAAUUUCUUAUCGACUAGUAAAGAUAGAGACUUCUCUACGAUGUUUGCUGAAAGUGUAUCGAGUGCCGAGACCGAUACUGUAGGCGUCCUUUUUAUUAUCAGUAUCUAUCAAACUAAAAUAUCAACUUCAAUUACACCAUUUGCAAUGAUUGAUGAGCACAGUGCGCUCCCACAAGAACACGAAAUAUUAUUUGCAAUGCACACUGUUUUUCGUGUUGGUGAAAUUAAACAGACGCCUGAGUAUAGUCGUCUUUGGGAAGUACAAUUGACUAUUACUGACGAGAGUGAUCCACAACUGGCUGGUCUUACUGAUAACAUCAAACAGGAAAUCAGCGGUAGUGGAUGGUAUCGAAUGGGUCAAUUAAUGCUGAAAGUGGGUUAUUUCUAUCAAGCUCAGGAACUCUACAAUAAAUUACUCGAGAAUGCUCCUGAUGAUAGUGAGAGAGCACAUAUCUAUCACAUGCUUGGAAUGAUGAAACACAGCCAAGGUGAAUACCAACAAUCAGUUACUUUCUAUGAAAAAUCACUCGAAAUCAACCGAAAAGCGCUUCCAGAAGAUGAUGUUUCAUUAGCGCCUACUUAUGGUAACAUCGGUGGAGUGUAUAAAAACAUGGGUGAAUACUCGAAAGCACUGGAAUAUUACGAAAAAUCACUCAAAAUAACGAAAAAAGCUCUGCCUCCGACUCAUCACGAUUUGGCUAAUUCGUACAGCUGCAUCGGUGGAGUGUAUAGCAGCAUGGGUGAAUGCUCGAAAGCACUGGAAUAUUACGAAAAAUCACAUAAAAUAAGAGAAAUAUCUCUGCCUCCGACUCAUCCCGAUUUGGCUGCUAGUUACUUGAAUUUUGUAGCCUGCUACGAAGAAAUGGGAGAUUAUACGGCAGCACUUGAGGCUCUUAAAAAUGCUCAUAAGAUUCAACAAGAAGCAUUUGAAGAAAGUAAUCAAGCUUUUGCUGUUACAUUCAGUCGGUACGGAAGAGUAUACCGGUAUUUGAAAGAGUACUCAAAGGCACUUGAUUACUUUGAAAAAUGUCUCAAAAUAUUGGAAAUAGCGCUACCAGAAAAACAUCCUAACUGGGCUAUUACAUAUAGUAAUAUUGGUGAUGUUCACCGACUAAUGGGUGAUUAUGAAAAAGCACUGGCAUUUCAUCAGAAGGCAUUAAAUAGUCAAGAGAAUGUGAAAUGUAAUCCACUUGAUUGUGCAACAACAUACAUGAAUGUAGGUGAAACUUAUCGUGAAAUGAAAGAUUAUACAACAGCAUUAACAUAUUAUCAAAAAGGAUUAAAAAUACGUGAAGAAAAACUGGCAAAAAAUCAUCCUGAUUUAGCUGUAAUAUAUCACAAUAUGUCGAAAUUAUAUUUCUCAACUCAAAAAUAUAGUAUGGCAAUGAAAUGUGUUCAACAAGCAGUUGAAAUUGGUGAAGAGAAAUUAUUUUCAACUCAUCCACAUCUCGUUGAAUAUAGAGAAACAUUUGAAAAAAUUCGAAAGAAACAGUAA